UUAACGUUGAGUUCGAUAAUAUUACGUAUUUAGUUCUAUCAAAUUCUUACGACAUGUUCACAAACAAUAGCAGUUGGAAUAUGGCUCAGUUGAAGAUUGAUUAAUGUUUAUAUCAUGAUAUGAUUUCGGUUCUUAUUGCGCAUUGCGUAAACUCUGCGUCAUCUAUCCACUAGCUUCUCUUGCUCUUUAUGAAUUCUUAUGUUAGAUCAAAGAUUUCUUAUUUGGGUCAUUUUGUAUUCAAAUUUCAUGCAAAUUAUUCAAAAUUCUCUAGAUAUUCAACUCAUAAUCUUAACGCCUUAUUCGAGGCUGAUGGUUUAAAUGCAUUAAACUUACAUUAUCUCCUGCAAACAUGCGCACGAGAAAGAUCUAUUGAAAUUGGAAAACUUUGUCAUGGGUUAGUUUUCCAGUCUGGUCUUCACACUCAUACUCUAACCUCUAAUCUCCUCAUCAAUUUAUACUCUAAAUGCGGCUAUAUUGAUUUCGCUCGCCAAGUGUUUGAUAACAUGCUUGAAAGAAAUGUAGUUUCAUGGAAUACUAUGAUUUCUGGAUAUACCCAUUUUGGGAAUGAACCAGAGGCGCUCAACCUUUUUGUUCUAAUGCAUCACGAAGGAGUUUCGGUUACUGAAUUCACUAUAUCAAGUGUCCUCUGUGCUUGUGCAUCAAAGUGUGCAAUUCUAGAGAGCAAACAGUUGCAUGCUUUGGCUAUUAAGAAUGCGGUGGAUGCUAAUGUUUAUGUAGGAACUGCAAUUCUUGAUGUUUAUUCUAAAUGCUGUUUGAUUGAUGAUGCAUUCUUGGUUUUUGAGGAAAUGCCCAAGAGAUCUUCGGUUACUUGGAGCUCGAUGGUUUCUGGGUCUGUGCAGAAUGAUCUCCAUGAGGAGGCUCUCUUUUUGUUUCGAAGGGCUCAGAGAGUAGGAGUGCAAUUGACACAAUUCACACUUUCUGCUGUUCUCUGCGCAUGUGCAAGCAUCUCAGCAGCAAUUGAAGGAGUACAAUUGCAUUCUCUUUUAUUAAGAGUGGGUUUUGGUUCGAAUCUUUAUGUGGCAUCUUCUCUAAUUGAUAUGUAUUCGAAAUGUGGACGCAUAAAAGAAGCUUACAUUGUGUUUUCAGAUGUUGAAGAUAAGAAUAUUGUUUUGUGGAAUGCUAUAUUGGCUGGAUUCUCAAAGCAUGCUUGCUUACUAGAGGCCAUGGUGUUUUUUGAGAAGAUGAAACAAAUGGGCAUGUCACCAAAUGAAGUUACUUAUGCCUCUAUAUUGUCUGCAUGUAGCCAUGCCGGUUUAGUAGAUAAGGGCCGGGUUUAUUUUGAUCUGAUGAUGGAUGAUGUUAAUGUGGAGCCCAAUGUUAUACACUAUUCAUGCAUGGUUGAUGUUCUUGGUAGGGCUGGACUUGUGAAUGAAGCUUGGAAUUUGAUCAAGACAAUGCCAUUGAAGCCACAUGCUUCGAUUUGGGGUUCUUUGCUUGGCUCAUGCAGGACUUAUGGCAACUAUGAGCUUGCUAAACUUUCAGCUGAGCAGUUGUUUGAGAUUGAACCAAAUAAUGCAGGAAGCCAUGUUUUGCUUUCGAAUGUGUAUGCAACAAAUAAGAAAUGGCAAGAAGUUGCAAAUACGAGGAAGCUUCUGAAAGAUAGUGGCGCCAAGAAGGAAAUUGGUAAGAGUUGGGUUGAGGUGAAGAAUAAGGUUCAUGUUUUUGUUGUUGGAGAUAGGAGCCACAUGAAGAUCAAUGAGAUAUAUGAUAAAUUGGAGGAGUUGGGGAAUGAGAUGAAGAAGUUGGAUUAUAAGUCUGAAACUCAAUAUGAUCUUCAUAAUGUAGAGGAAGAGCAGAAAGAGGAGCUUUUAAAGUACCAUAGUGAAAAAUUGGCUCUUGCUUUUGGUCUUAUUAGCUUGCCUUCUGAAGUUCCUAUCAGGAUAAAUAAGAACCUUCGUAUCUGUGGGGAUUGCCAUUCCUUUAUAAAGUCCGCGUCAAGAAUAAUGGCCAGGGAGAUUAUCGUUAGAGAUACUAAACGUUUCCACCAUUUUAAGGACGGUUUCUGUUCGUGUCGUGAUUUCUGGUGAACAAAGUAUUUUUGAGCUCAUGGUUCUAUAAAACACUGAAUUGCCCCAUUCCAGUUUGAAGGUACAAAUAACUUUUACCAAGAUGAUGGAAUUAGAGAUCGGGCUUGCUUCUGCUCAUAUUGGUGAUCAGAAACUUCACAUGUCUUUGUUGCAGUUAAUGUAAUUAGAGGUUGGCCUUUAGAGGUCAUCGGAUAUCUGAUUUUCCAACAACUGCUGGAGGCUGACUGGAAGGCAUGAAAGAUGAGAGCUUUGAAGAGUGGAUUAAGUUUUACAACCAAAAAUCAUCUUGGCGUGGAACCUAUUGAGUUGGUGCCAGAUUUUAGCGAAGUCAACUAUGAUCACGAGAGGGUCAUAUCAUCAAAUGCCCAUAGCAGAUAACUAUAGAGGCAAGAAGAGAAAGAUGAUGUGCCUUAAAAGCGAGACGUGAAAGAAAUUUCCUAGUAAUUUCUUGAGAGAAAAAACAAGCUGUGGGAGGGAUAAAGAUUGUAAAGAUUUGACGAAGAUCUACGGGAUUACUGCAAAUGCUCCAUUGCUGAGGACACAGCCAAGAUUUGAGGUGAACCUCGUUAAAUCUUGUAUCUGACUGGUUUGAUUUUUUUUGUGUUUACUCAUGUUCAAUAAUUUAUUUCGUCGUACAUCUACUGCAAAAUGUGUGGUGUGACCAAUUAGCAUAGGUAAUCCCUAACGGUGAUUUUUUAUUUAACUUAUUACUCUGCAUUAAGGUCCAAAAUGACCAUCAGAAGUGGAUAGCUUGAUUACAACUGUUUCUAAACCACUUGAUGUUUGACUAUUUGCCGAAUAGAGACAGACCUGAUCUUUGACAAGCAC